AUGAGACGGCCAGUAGAAGGUUCUGCUGAGUCUCCAAAGAUUUCUCUGAUAAAAAACGCUCUUCUUCUUGGACGUGUUCCAAAAGUUCAGCAAGCUUUUGCUAGAAGCGAAAGUCGCGGGAUCGAAGCGGAUAGGUGUGUCGAGAAGAAAAAAACAAGUUUUCAUCUGGGAGACGUUCCCGUGUCUUCUUCUCCAUCGCUCUCAGGAACGAUUUCGUCCUCCUCGAAUGUUCUCGUGAUAAGGAGACGAUGAGAUUGAAGCGUCUGCCGUCGUUUUUGGCCCUUUCUCUGCUCGCCGUCGUAUUCUACGCCGAGGCUCAAGACCUCCCAGGUUUCUUUAUUUGCGAGGUCGCCGGCUUUUUUCCCCAAAAACUACUAACAACUUGACGAAAGUAUUUUUUGACCGACGUUAUAAGUAUUAAGAAAUCCUUCAUAACAAGGAUUUUUAAAAACUUGACUAUAUCAGCGUUCCAACGAGAAGAGUCGAAUGCUGAUAUAGUCACGUUUCUACCAUGAUUCAGCAGAGCCUCUUCGAUUUCUCUGUUGUCUGAAUAAAUUGAAUUGAAUUGAAUUGAAUUGACUAUAUCGCUUAGUUCAAAAUGACAAGCAGGAACUAGUGCCAUGAAUUACGGUUUUUGACCAGCAAAGUGGGCGUGGCUUUGCGGUUCCUAAAUAAAUAGAAAAAGUGGUUUGUUGGGAUUCCUGUUGACUUUUCUUUGAUUUUAUUACAAGAAAACAUAUCUUGUUACUUUAAGUAGAAAAAUGUUUUACAGAAGUUGGUCUGGACCUCGAACCUUUCGAUAUCCCUCUCGAAGAGCUUGAAAAAGAUACAAAAGAAGUCACAACUCUCUCGGAACAAUGCAAAAGAUUCGUCAAUCAUUAUCGGUGAGAAUGAAACUGAUUCACUUUUUGGAGGAUAUCCCUAGAGUUUAAAAAAAAUUCAGAUUUUCAAUUCAAUUUUAGAUACUACUGUCGAACAUCAAACAUUGCGAGUUACAAUGAAGAAGUCCGAAUAAUUUGUGAACGCUACCGCAACUACUGUUCUGAUCGCGUGUACCCUUCUGUCAACCACGUCUGAGCCUCCCAAAAUUUCUAGAAAAACUUGCAAUUUAGAUUCGUAGACAAAGCAAGCUCUGGGAAGCGUCGGGAAUGCCCAAAUCAACGGUGCAGUCCCUGAAAACUUGUUAUUCACACUGCAAAGAAACUGAUCCGGUGUGAGUGUACUUUCUCUCGAAAAAGCCGAGAAGAAAGAGUUUGAAGCUGCGUGAACGCCUGUGAGUGCCUUCACAUGCAGUGGAUGAUGAACUACGAAUGCUACCCGGGCAUCAGAGCUCCUGCUUACAACAACUGCCAGAGGUCGGUUCUUUUGUCCCAGCUCAUGGUUAGAGAAGUGAAAACUUGAGUUCGCCUCAAAAUUCUCUUCGUUUUCAACUCACCAUUUUUCAAUUUACAUGCGAAAAAAAGAACUUAAAAUUUUAUGUAUAAUAUUUUUUUAUUGUGGAUCGAUCAAGAUUUCCUAAGUUUGGAAGAAAAAUCCUUAUUUAUCUUCCUGCCAUCUAAAAGAGCCCAUAAAAGGCUAGCCAGAUUGGAACUGGAAUGAUCAAUGGGCUCGGCGCCAAUCCGAUCCAUUCUCCUCGGACAUACCGGUUCCUGCGGCUCUUUUCAGCCUAAUGGCGAAACAAACGACUUUUGCCGUCGCCUUACUUGAUUGAUCUGCACGUCUUCUCCCCUCUCUCAGAAUCCUUCGAACUAUCUCUUCGAAAAAGGAGAAAUGAAAUCUUUGAUUUGAGAUGGGCAGCCAAGUGUCGAGCUGUGUGGCGUCCGCGACAGGACUACACUCCGGCCGACUAUCGCGUCAAUGCGCCGCCGCCAAUCGUCCGCGGAGUCUUCUACGGCUACGACGGUCUUGGUCCGUCAAUAUUCAAUUCAUAAUUGGUUUUGAACAAUUUCUGAAAGCUCGUAGUGCAAUUCUUGCGCGGUUUCUUAUACGGCUAUUAACUGAUUAAUUCCUAAUCAAGGUCUUGAGCUGAACAGAACAACUCCGGAAUAGGCCUUGGUCUUUCUUGUCCUAUUAUUCAAAUCUUGAAUAAAAACCCCCCUUUGCAGCCACUCACAGGACAUUCGACAGGCCGAGAGACCAUGGAGUCUCUUUCUGGCGCGGCACCAACACGAUUCUCGUCGACUGGCCCGAAGGCAUGUUUUGCUUGAUCGAGAGUCCUGAAAUGGAGUUUUGCAGGAAAAUACGCGAGUGGAACGACCUUCGAGGUGCCUUUCGCCGGCGUUCAGGUAAUUCCCAACCAAGUCAACAUCGGCUUCCCCAAUGCUCAACGAGCGCUUCGAGAGUUCACCAAGUAUUUUCUUUGUUUCCACCUUUUCCUCAAUGAUUUCUUUCAGACAAAACCCCGAUCAACUCAACCCAGGAACUGGACGGAUGUCUGCUCUGAGCACCCUGAGAAGAACAUGA